GAUAGACAACGUGGUUGCGACGUGGGAGAAGCAGGUUCCUGGAUCGUGAUGGAUUAGGGAAAGUCCUAUUUGCCCAAUGUUAUUAUGUUGAUGGUUAGGACAAUCAGUUCGUCAACAUGCCCAAAUUUGGUAAUCGACCUGCCGAACAAGAUCCAAUGCUGCAGUUUAGAGAAAUUUACGAAGAUUGACUCACUAAUUCCAUCCACUCUAACAAGGUCAACGAAACUGGAAGUGCAGCAGAAACGUGAAGGGGAAACGGUCAAUUCUCCUAUAUUGAUGACGAACCUGUUGGAGACAACCUGCUCCGCUUCUGCUCUCUUGACGGUUUCGCGAUGGGUCAGUCGAUCCGAAGAUUCCAUGCAUCGAAGAUUGUCUUGUUCGCAGUGCUAGCAGCGUCGUUUAUAGGCAACGCAGGAUGCCGCCCCAACCACCGCCGGAAGGGCGGCGACGGCUGGAGGUUGGUGGAGGAAGUGAUCGACUACACGAGUUCGGGGGCGGGCGGGUGCCGUGCCCAUGUCGCAAGCCUGACGGACUUCGGUGGGGUCGGAGACGGCGUGACGUCUAACACGGCCGCGUUCGCGGCGGCUGUAUCCAGCCUCAGCCAGGUUGCCUGCCAAGGCGGUGCGAUGCUGGUGGUGCCGGCUGGGCGGUGGCUGACAGGGCCUUUUAAUCUCACCAGUCACUUCACCCUCUUCCUCCACCGCGACGCCAUCAUCCUCGCCACCCAGGAUAUCUGCGCAUGGCCGAUCAUCGAUCCCUUGCCGUCCUAUGGAAGAGGGAGAGACUUACCUGGUGGCAGAUACAGCAAUCUCAUCACCGGAUAUAACUUAACUGAUGUGGUAAUCACAGGGGACAAUGGGACUAUCAAUGGACAGGGUCAAACCUGGUGGGACAAGUUCCAAAGCAAAGAACUCAAUUUUACUCGUGGAUACCUCAUCGAGAUCAUGUACUCCAGUCAAAUCCUGAUAUCCAACGUCACGUUGAUCGACUCUCCCUCAUGGAAUCUCCAUCCAGUUUAUAGCAGUGAUGUUGUUGUGUCCGCCGUCACAAUUCUUGCACCGGUCUACUCACCAAAUACAGAUGGAAUAAAUCCAGACUCCUGUUCCAAUGUCCGCAUCGAAGACUGCUACAUCGUCUCCGGCGACGAUUGCAUCGCCAUCAAGAGCGGCUGGGACGAGUACGGCAUCAAAUUCAACAUGCCAAGCCAACACAUUCUGAUCCGAAGGCUCACCUGCAUCUCCCCGACCAGCGCCGUCAUCGCCCUCGGCAGCGAGAUGUCCGGCGGCAUCCAUGACGUGCGAGCUGAGGACAUCACGGCCAUCGACUCCGAAUCCGGCGUCCGCAUCAAGACGGCCGUCGGAAGAGGCGGCUACGUGAGGGACAUAUUCGUGAGGAGGAUGAACCUGCACACCAUGAAGUGGGUCUUCUGGAUGACCGGCAGAUACAGGCAGCACCCGGACGAAGGGUACGACCCUGGCGCCGUUCCCGUGGUGGAGGGUAUCAGCUAUAGCGACGUGGUGGCGGAGAACGUGACGAUGGCGGCCAAGUUGCAGGGCAUUCCGGGCGCACCCUUCACUGGGAUAUGCAUCUCGAACGUGACGGUGGAGGUGAUUAGGUCGAAAAAUCCGAUAUGGGACUGCACCGACGUGGAGGGUGUGUCCGCUAGCGUGAGUCCACCACCUUGCGCUCAGCUUCAGUUGAAGCGAGGUGAGCCGGAGUCGUGCCCGUUUCCGGAGGAUGCUUUAGCUGUUGAUUCUGUUGCACUGGAGCAGUGCUCUUAUCGGAGAAUCAAUCCGUGAGGUGGAUUAAUUGUCAUAUGAACAUUGAUUCCGUCUUGCAAUCAUAAGGGCACCUAUAACGAGAUGUUAAAGAGAUAUUAUAAUAUUUAUUUAGUAUCCUUAUUUUUUUUAA